CUCCCUUUAGCUGGAUGAGUCUCUCGCGCUGCGUUUGCUUGCUGCAGCGAACUGGGAAGAAUCUCUCGGGCGCUCGUUUCUUUGGUGCAAGCAUGCCGGUAGACUUGAGCGGCUGGGGAGGCUCAUUAAACCUCCCCGAGGUGGAAGACAAGCCGGUGCAUCCUCUGCGGGUCCGCUACGGGUCGGUGGAAAUCGAGGAGCUCGGUCAAGUGCUUACACCGACCCAGGUCAAGAAUCGGCCAACCUUGAUCGAGUGGGAGAAUUGCAGCCCGGAUAAAUUCUACACAUUGGCUCUUACGGAUCCUGAUGCUCCCAGCAGGAAAACCCCCAAAUUCAGGGAGUGGCAUCACUUUUUGGUGACUAAUAUGAGAGGCAACGAUAUCAGCAGCGGGAACGUUUUGUCUGACUAUGUUGGAUCUGGGCCUCCUAAAGGAACAGGCCUUCACCGCUACGUCUGGCUGGUCUAUGAGCAGCCCCAGCAGCUGAGUUGCAACGAGCCCAUCCUGAGCAACCGUUCGGGGGACAAACGUGGCAACUUCAAAAUAGCGACCUUCCGCAAGAAAUACAAGCUGGGUCCCCCCGUCGCCGGCACCUGCUACCAAGCCGAGUGGGACGACUACGUGCCCAAACUCUACGAGCAGCUGUCUGGGAAAUAAAACCGCCUCUCGUUUUCUUGCCGUAGUUCCUCUUCCUUGGAAAUUCUUCCUUUAUCCUAAGUGGGCCUAGGUUUACUCCGGAUGCAUUAUUGAAAACAAAUUCCCAUUGAAUCGGUAACAUGAAUUAAUCUACGUUAAUUCAUUAUGGGCCCUUUAAUCAGCAGCCUUUAUGUUUUUAAAAGCUUUUUUUUAAAAACAACAACAACAACAACCUGCAACUGAAUUGCACGUUGCGUUGCUGCUUUUGAGAAACUUCCAUCCUGAGAAUAGAAAAACACCCAUUUCCUAUAACCGUCUUGAUAUUACCUGAGCAACUUAGCUGGUUGUGAAGGGGAAUUGCACCUCUGCCUUGCCUUUGGAAAAAAAAAAAAAAGGCACAAAUGCCAAAAAUUCGGUGUAGGACGCCCCAACCUGCACUCCUAUAGAGUCCGUAGAAUGAUAAGUGCAGCAUUUCUAGCCAGCAAUGGGAUUGUGGAGCCCAAUGCAUCUGGAAGGUGCCAGUGAAAUUGAGUAAUAUCAUAAAAUUGGAAUAUAAUAAGCAUCUCUUUAACCGUAAGUUUGGGAGGGAUCUGGUUCAUCGUGGUUUGCAACCAAAGCAAUCCUGUAAUAUCUAGCUUCCGGUGAUUUUCCAUUAAAGAGGAAUUUUGGCUACGGAUCCUACACAACUCAAUUUUACUGUUUGUUUAGAGAUGUUAUCUCGAUGAACUGUCUCUGCUGUUAACUGGAUAUCAAAGUUCUGUUUUAGAAGGCUGGGAUUGUUCAAGUUGGAUUUCUCUCAUUUUACCGAUAACAUUUCUGGAUGUCAUUGUUUUUUUCCCCCCUGCCCUCUAAAUUGCUGUUAAAUAAACUAGAUAGCCACCAUAUUUAGUUAUAGUUAUUCGCUGAUAUUGUAGCUGCCCAUUGAGAAGCGAAAGCAUCUUGCCUGUAUGGAUUUGGUUUGCUUUCUUGUUGAGAAGUUUUCCAUUAAAAAUGAGGGUUGCCUUCA